UCCGCUCCGCCGGUCCCGGCCGCGUUCCGCCCCGUUCCGCAGUGAGUGGCGGUGGUGCCGGGGGCUGGGGGGACCCUGCGAGGCGCCGGGGGGUCGGGCAGCCCUGCCCUCCCCUGUCGGGACAGGCCAGCCUCUGGGGAGCCGGGCUUUCCGUAGGUUUGUUCUGUCACCCGUUUGGGGACAAAGUUUGGGAAUAAAGGGAGAGUUUCCCCGCCUAAUCCCGGAAGGGACGGAGAGCUGCAAGGGAAAAUGCGACCGACUGCUCCGAGGAGUCCCGUUCCCUGCCUGCCGCGCCUCCAGCUCAGCUCCUUCUUGUGAUGCUCUCAGAGGACGGGGCAGCCGGCGGGCUGGAUGCGCUGCGGGGCUGCAGCCGUAAGGAGGGAGUCUCUGCGCUGUCUCCGCAGAUUAACUUCGACUCAAACCACAGACGUCUGAUUCUCCAGGUCCUGAGGGAUGCGAAAAACUUAGUGCUUCGUGUUGCGGUCCCCAUCUGAGCACUGGAGUCUCCCGGAGAAGCAGCCUGAGGAACCGAGCUGGUGUCUGUCACGGUGCUUUACAUCGGCUUUGUGAGACUGGGUAAAGCAAACCCUUCAGAGACUUGCUAGAGAGACCACCCCCCAUUUCGCAUCUCCCUAAGUGGACUAUGGUGGCAGGAAGAUGUUGGCUCGCAAGAGUAUCAUCCCUGAAGAGUAUGUGCUGGCACGUAUUGCUGCUGAGAACCUGCGCAAGCCACGCAUCCGUGACCGCCCGCGCAAAGCCCGCUUCAUCGCCAAGAAUGGCGCCUGCAACCUGGCUCACAAGAACAUCCGUGAGCAGGGGCGAUUCCUGCAAGACAUCUUCACCACCCUGGUGGACCUGAAGUGGCGUCACACACUGGUCAUCUUUACCAUGUCCUUCCUGUGCAGCUGGCUGCUCUUUGCCAUGAUGUGGUGGCUGGUGGCCUUUGCCCAUGGCGACAUGGACCUGAGCACAGAAAACCCUUCAAACAGCACAAAGUGGACGCCAUGUGUGACAUGUGUCAGGUCUUUCACCUCCGCUUUCCUCUUCUCCAUCGAAGUCCAGGUGACCAUUGGCUUUGGGGGCAGGAUGAUGACUGAGGAAUGUCCCCUAGCUAUUACAGUCCUGAUCCUGCAGAACAUUGUGGGGCUGAUUAUCAAUGCUGUCAUGCUGGGCUGCAUAUUCAUGAAGACAGCACAAGCUCACCGGCGGGCUGAGACACUGAUCUUCAGCCGGCAGGCGGUCAUCGCCGUCCGCAACGGCAAGCUCUGCUUCAUGUUCCGGGUGGGCGACCUGAGGAAGAGCAUGAUCAUCAGCGCCUCAGUGAGAAUCCAGGUCGUGAGAAAGACCACAACCCCUGAAGGAGAAGUCAUACCCAUUCACCAAGUGGAUAUCCCCGUGGAUAACCCCAUUGAAAGCAACAACAUUUUCCUGGUGGCUCCCUUGAUCAUUUGUCAUGUCAUAGACAAGCAGAGUCCUCUUUAUGAUAUCUCUGCUUCUGACCUGGCACUCCAGGACCUGGAGCUCAUUGUGAUACUGGAAGGGGUCGUAGAAACCACCGGUAUCACGACACAGGCGAGAACCUCCUACGUGGCAGAGGAGAUCCUAUGGGGUCACCGCUUCGUGCCCAUCGUCACUGAGGAGGAAGGUGUGUACUCUGUUGACUACUCCAAGUUUGGCAACACUGUCAAAGUGGCUGCACCGCGCUGCAGUGCCCGGGAGCUUGAUGAGAAGCCCUCCAUCCUCAUCCAGACCCUGCAGAAGAGCGAGCUGUCCCACCAAAACUCCCUGAGGAAGCGCAACUCCAUGAGGAGAAACAACUCCAUUCGGAGGAGCAACUCCAUGCGGAGAACCAACUCCUCACUCAUUGUGCCCAAAGUGCAGUUUAUCACCCCGGAGGGGAGCCAGAAUGCCUCAGAAACGUGAUGCACAGCUUUGUGCCAGGGCACUGGGCUUCAGAAGGAGGAGGCAUCUAUGGUGUUUUCCUUCAAUUUCCUUUUACUUAAGAAACCAAGAACACGAUGCAAAAGGGAACCGUGCAAGAAUUAUUUAUUCUAUUACUUACUGAAAGCACCACCUAAUGGCAUUAGAAAACACCUUAGCACUUAGGAUAUGAAUUAAUAAAAAAUGACACGUAUACUAAAGAAAACACACUUCACUCAUGUAAUAUAAUGUGUAUUUUUACUUGUUUUAAUGGCAUGCUGAUUUUUUUAAUCAUAUUUUUCCUUUCAAGGGUCUCUUUCUUCUGCUGGCUGUCACAAAAUGUGGGUCUUUCCUAUGUGAGUGCUUCAUAAAACUUCUGUAUUAAACAGCUCCCACAGA